GGUGUGUGUGAGAGGGAGAGGGCUGAAAACGUGCUAAGGUCUUUUACAAGAGCCUGGCCUGUUUUGUUGGGUUGCGUGUGGGAAUGCAUGAUAGCUAGCAUUAUCUGUAGCUAGUAUGAUCAUAUUUAUUUUAGCUUUGUAAAUAGCAUUCAGCCUGAUAGCCAAAGAAGAACCUAAGGCAAUACGCAAUUUCUUUGUCGUGUUGCAUUAUACAUUUGGCAAUCCCAGGACCAUUUUUCAUUAAUUAUUUCAAGUUUGCUUUAAAGUUCCUAUUAAACAACGGACGACGUAUUUUGAAGAUGUCUACCGGUUGUCAAAAAACCACCAGCAGGGCAAUCCCGACUACUAGACGGGUGAUUAUAAACGACGCGGAGCACAUGCCGCACGAUUACUCUACAACUCCAGGCGGAACACUGUUUAGCACGACCCCCGGAGGCACCAGGAUCAUCUAUGACCGCAAAUUCCUGCUGGAUUGUCGCAGUUCCCCCGUAGCCAGGACACCUCCCCGCUGUCUCCCUGACAUUCCAGGGGUAACCAGCCCCCCCUCUGCCCAUAUCAACAAUGACAAGGCCAAUCCCCCAGAACAGGUUCUGAAUAACAAUUGUAAUGCCCCCACCGACAAGUCUGCUGGGGACGAUGCACAGUUUGAAAUGGAUAUCUAACAGCAUCUGAGAUGUGGUAUGAGAGCUGACAGUGAUGAAGAUGAGGAUUGUAACAGCGAUGACCAUGAAGAAGAGCAACUAAGAGGAAAGCCCCCAGCACACCGUACCCCACAGCGUGGUCUUACCCUCACAGCGAAAAAAAAAUGCUUCUGUCAGGGAAGGCAAGCUCACACCAAAAAGUGAUAUGGUUGUAUACACUCACACAUACACACACAACUCAGUGCAGUAUGUUUCUGCCCCUUUCCUAAGUUCUUCCCACCCUGACCUGGUUCAGUUCCAACAGGAGCCAUGCAGUGCCAUAAUAUGACAUGGUAUCUCUGUCUGUGUUCCGUUGAGCAUUCCACAUCACCAUGACCAGAUAACCCAUUGGAGCAUAUCUUGGAGAAGUACAGUGUAAUAAGAAUCUCUUACCCAGAGUGUGGUAGGAGUGUAGUUGUGUGUGUGUGUGUAUGUGUAUCACUACAGCCCUUGGCAGCGUCUAGCACUUUCAUCUUGAAGCCACUUGAUCUGAGAAGCAAAUAUUAGAUCUGACCCUCGGUCUGAUGUACUGGUACAUGAACAACCACAAAUGGCAACUUCUAAGGACAACAUUAUUCUCCUCCUCCACACUUUCCAGAUUCUUUUAUGUUAAAUUCCACCCCCAGAAGACUAAAUGAUUAUAGUAAUGUUUUCCUCAUUUGUCUCUUUUGAAGCUUGCCUUUAUAAUAUCAUUUUUGUUAAUUCUACAGAUUGAAACAAUGUUCACGAAAAGUGUCAUACUUUGGAAUGUAAAAUGCUUUUUCUAUUUUGUUAAUGAAAUUCUGAGACUGGAGAUGAAUUAGACCAAGCUGGAAUGAUAAUAGAGGAGUACAGCAAAUGAGUGAAAUAAAGACAUCAGAGUAAAUUCUGUCAUGGCA